GUUGUGCUGUCUUUACGACAGUUAUUUAGUUUAUAAUAUUUUCGCUUAGUAAUUCAUUCAAUAGUAUUUUCUAGUUAGAAUUAGAAGUGUUUAAAGUGUAUUCAUUGCAUGUAAAAUAUAUCGGCAUGCGAUGACGUCACAUCCGGUUUCGCCGCGUCUUGUGGGAAAACACCGGUUUGAAAUUAGCGCGAGGGUGGGGGCUUUCCACGAGGCUCACCUGAGCACAAGCAGUUUUGCAGGCAUGAGAAAUCACAGUGAGAGCAACGCUUUUUCACCAUAUGUUAAUGUGAAGAGUGAACAGUAAAUGGUUAAUCUUACUGCGAUCUGGUUCUUAUUAACUGUGGUUUAUCCGGACGUUAAAUUCGGCGUUUCGUUACACCCGAAGGAGAACGUUAUAGUGAAAAAGCGGCAUUAUCAGGUGUUUCAAGUGCUGCAAUGUCAGCUCAAUCCAGCAUCAAGUCGACGCCGCCCAGCGACAAGGGCAGUAAACCGACAUCAAGUAAGCCCACCCGGGCGUUAUCAGGUGUUCCAAGUGCUGCAAUGUCAGCUCGAUCCGGGAUCAAGUCGAUGGCGCCCAGCGACAAGGGCAGUAGAACGACAUCAAGUAAGUCCGCACAGGCAAGAGCCAAGGCAGAAGCCGCCAAGGUGCGACUGCAUUACGCCAGACAAGAAGCAGUUUUGAAAAUGAAACUGGCCACCAGAGAAGCCGAAAUCCAGAAAGAAGAGGCUGCCAGAGAAGCCGAAAUCCAGAAAGAAAGGGCCGCCAGACAAAGAGAAGAGGCUGCCAGAGAAGCCGAAAUCCAAAGAGAAGAGGCUGCCAGAGAAGCCGAAAUCCAGAAAGAAAGGGCCGCCAGAGAAGCCGAAACCCAGUUGGAAAUGACAAAAAUAUCGACAGAGUUGCAUGUGCUGCAGCUAGAAGGAGAAGGAGAAGCUGCCAGGGUGGAAGCAGAGUACAUAGAAGAAGCUGAAGGGUCGCGUGAUCUGACCGAAACAAGCUCUGCUUUGGAAAGGACCAGACUGGAACGCACGAGCGACUAUGUACAAUAUCAAGCAGACAGGCAGGCUCGUCUCCCCUCUCCAUACCUAUUCGAUAACUUCCCCAGCUACGAGGAAGAGAAUUUACCCUCGCGGCCCCGCGAUGAAGUCAAGAAUGAAAGAGCUGACAACCGAUAUACUUUGACACCAAAGUUACAAAGUUCGAUGCGAAGAGACGCGGAGGUUGAAUCCAGGAUGGCAAAUUCCAUGAGAAACGUGCGUUCUCAGUCAUAUGGGCGCCAACGUACUUCUCCAGCCCGCAUGCCGCUUGCAGCCGAUCCCACGCUGCAGUAUUUAGCACGACGGGAUCUCGUCACUUCGGGACUGUACCAGUUUGACGAUAAACCCGAAAAUUACCGUGCUUGGCUCUCCACAUUCACCAACGUGAUUGACGGGGUCCAGCUCAGUGCAACCCAAAGGUUGGACCUUAUGGCGAAAUGGCUGGGGAAAGAAUCACGCGACCAGGUGAGACGCAUGCGUUCAGUGUACAUCAACAAACCUGAGCUAGCCUUAAGCGAAGCGUGGGAGAGACUUUGGGAGAGAUAUGGGUCCCCCGACAUUAUUGAAGGGGCGCUAUAUCGACGUCUGGAAAACUUUCCUAAGGUGUCAGCCAAAGAUCACUUUAAGUUAAGAGAAUUCGGAGAUUUACUCAUGGAGAUCCAAGGCGCCAAAGAAGAUGGCUAUUCAGCUGGUCUAGUAUUCCUAGAUACUCCAUCCGGGAUUAGACCAAUUGUGGACAAACUUCCAUUUGGGCUGCAGGACAAGUGGCUGACUGUUGCCUCAGAGUACAAGGAAGACCACGAUGGUCGAUUUCCUCCCUUUGAGCUCCUCACUAGGUUUGUGUGCAAGGAGGCGAAGAGGCGAAACGACCCUAGCCUUGUAGGUCCAGGAAGCAGUUCGAUUUACACCAAGCCAGGCAGAUCCGUUUCGAAUGUUUUCAACAUUGAUAAACCCGUGUCAGUGCUCAAGACCGAAGCCCUUACGACUAACAACGACCCUGGCAAGUAUUGUCCAUUGCAUAACAAACCUCACCCCCUGAAAGCAUGCAGAAUGUUUAGGGAAAAACCCCUUAAAGAGAGGACGGCUCUUCUCAAGGAGAAAAGAAUAUGUUUUAGAUGCUGUUCCUCAACCUCUCACCUCGCCAGAGAGUGUACGAUCGCCGUGAAGUGUCCGGAAUGUGGCAGCCCAGAUCACGUCGAGGCCAUGCAUCCCGACCUGUCACCACAAACCGAGAGCGCUCCUUCACCCCCACAACAGGACGGCGGGGAGGGAGAGGCUCACUCUAGGUCAAUAGCUGUCAGCACGAACUGUACAGAAGUUUGCGGUCAAGCUCAGUCAAGUCGUUCUUGUUCCAAGAUCUGCCUCACUAAGGUGUACCCUAAAGGAGCCAAAGACAAGGCCAUCAAAGCCUAUGUGAUUCUGGAUGAUCAGAGCAAUCGUUCACUAGUCAGUCCAGAGUUCUUUAAAUUGUUCAACAUUGAGAGUGAGCGGUUCCCAUACUACCUCAAAACUUGCUCAGGCAACAUGGAAACCCAAGGAAGGAAGGCAGAAGGCAUCCAGAUCGAGUCCCUGGAUGGUAAAGUCGUCAUCUGUCUCCCUCCGCUCUUAGAGUGCAAUGAAAUCAUGAAUAACCGCGCUGGGAUCCCGACACCAAGUGCGGUGCUACACCAGCCGCAUCUCCACCACAUCGCCAAACACAUCCCAGAACUGGAUCCGAAAGCGGAAAUACUCCUGCUAUUAGGAAGAGAUGUUAUCCAGGUACACAAGGUUAGGCAGCAGAUCAAUGGACCACUCAACGCCCCCUUCGCGCAACGUCUGGAUCUGGGCUGGGUGGUGAUAGGAGAGGUGUGUCUCGGUGACGUACACAAACCGAUGGUUAACACACUCAAGACCAAUGUGCUAGAGAGUGGCCGCCAUUCAAUCUUUCAACCCUGCCCGAGUGUCCCGUGCAUCAAGGAAGCACAACAAGGCGUUAACAAGCGCGAGGCAAGCGACGAGUCGCUGGGCCAGUCAGUCUUCGCUCUAACGAAGUAUGACAACAAACUUGCACAAUCAGCUCAAGAUACCAUUUCUUUAAAAACCAAAGACACCAAGGUCUUCAGAGAUGAAGCAAAUAAUGGGGUUGCCCCAUUGCCAAUCAGAGAACCACGCCAGCGCUCACCAGAUAACAAAGAGCAGGCAGUCAAACGGUUCACGUCCUUACGGAAAACCCGGAAAAGGAAACCCGAGAUACAGCAACGCACCCGAUUGGCCCACGAGGUACUGUGCACCCUAAUGGCAGAGGUCACAGCCAUUAUAAACGCACAAUCAUUCCUACCUGUGUCUUCUGACCCAGAAAACCCCUUUAUACUUUCGCCAUCAACGCUCCUUACGCAGAAGGCAGGAGCACCUCCUCCACCAGGAGACUUCUCAGACAAGGAUUUGUACACAAAGCAAUGGAGACAAGUCCAGGCUCUGGCAAAUCAGUUCUGGUCCCGCUGGAGACAAAAAUAUCUACCUUCGUUGCAACAGAGACAAAAGUGGACAGAACCCCGCAGGAAUCUUCAAGUUGGAGACCUAGUCCUGCUCAGGGACAAGCAAGUCGCUCGCAACAGCUGGCCAACGGCCAGAAUCACUGCUACAUUCCCUAGCGAGGAUGGACAUGUCAGGAAGAUCGAAUUGAAGACUACCGACCAAGGCGAUGUGAAAAUUUACCAAAGGCCAGUUACAGAAGUUAUUCUACUUCUACCCAAUGACUGAUUAAGAGACUAAGUUUUGUACUCUGCUCAUUGUGACCUUACGAAGGUCAAGCGGGGAGUGUGCUGUCUUUACGACAGUUAUUUAGUUUAUAAUAUUUUCGCUUAGUAAUUCAUUCAAUAGUAUUUUCUAGUUAGAAUUAGAAGUGUUUAAAGUGUAUUCAUUGCAUGUAAAAUAUAUCGGCAUGCGAUGACGUCACAUCCGGUUUCGCCGCGUCUUGUGGGAAAACACCGGUUUGAAAUUAGCGCGAGGGUGGGGGCUUUCCACGAGGCUCACCUGAGCACAAGCAGUUUUGCAGGCAUGAGAAAUCAGAGUGAGAGCAACGCUGUAAGUUAAUAGAUAAUCGAUAUAUUGAACUAAGAUGUUAAUGCUGAUCCUGUUAGAGAUAACGACGGUAGAUAAUGUUUAUGCUUUCGUUAGUUAAAGAGUCGCGGAUAGUUUGCAUGGAAGUGUAUUUAAAGUAGUCAAUGGAGCAGGUAAACUCUCCCUGUAUACUGCACCUUAGUGUAAUGUAGUUAUAGUCACCUUUGCAAGUAUUUACACUUGAAAUGUGAUAUUAAGGAAGGAACAAAUACUGUAUCAAUCUUGUAUUGUUUUAUCAACAGUUUUCACCAUAUGUUAAUGUGAAGAGUGAACAGUAAAUGGUUAAUCUUACUGCGAUCUGGUUCUUAUUAACUGUGGUUUAUCCGGACGUUAAAUUCGGCGUUUCGUUACACCCGAAGGAGAACGUUACAGAGGUUGUAUUGAGAGCAUCCUGAGCAGCUGCAUCACUGCCUGGUUCUAAAAUUGCACCAUCUCGGAUCACAAGACCUUGCAGUAGAUAGUGAGGUCAGCUGAGAAGAUCAUCGGGGUUUCUCUUCCUGCU